GGAGUUCCCCGAGUGUUGUUGGAACUCAUCUUCGUAAACAGCUGACACACGCGGGUGUGUUAAAAAGUACCGCAUCUCGCCAAACGCGGCUCAGUCUACCGGCGACUUCCAACUGAAUCGGGAUCAGCAUCCGAGCGCUAUUCGGCCCUUUCGCUUCCGGAAACGCAUCGCGAUUUUAUAUCGGAAAUACGGGGGGCGCGCUGAACAUUAAUCAAUCACCGGGCGGGCACUGUUUGCCCGAUUGGAGGGCUUGGUUCUGUUGACACAACCGUGACAUCUAGAGAGGGCGAGCGGGUGUAAGGUAGAGCAUAGGUGCCUUCGUCGUCGAUGCCCGUUCCAGAAGAAGUCACUUAUCGUGAUUGCUCAGGAUAAGCGUGCCGCCGGAGAGUGCAAUCCUGGCAGCUUUUAACGACGACGACGAGUGGUGUGCUCUGUGUAGCGAUUAGAUUUUUUUCGCGCCUUCAGCUAUGGAUGUAGGAUGAUACUUCGUUACAAGUUACAGAAGUGAUUUAUCAGAAAGUGUGGAAAAAAGUUCCUCCGCCGACGACGUGUGUAUAGUGCGAAAAUGUAUGGAUGCAGAUUGUUCAGCUUUGCUUUUUUGAAUGGACUUUAUGGGGUUCGUUAUGCACGGCUUGGCAAUUCCAUUAUCGUCCUCGAUUAUAUGCCGCGUGGUCGUCAAGAGCUGUUGUUGCAUCCAGUGAAGAAGAAUUAGCUUGACGGUUUGAGGAUUUCUCCAGGUGUAUUUGGUCUUCGAAAAGUUGCAGAUUGAACGAUUUUUAGGCUGAAAAGCAAACGUUAAUACCUAAACCAAAAAAAAGUUACAAAUUGAAACAUGUGUGCCAUUUUGUGGAUUAUAGCGAUCUUGCUGACUGUGAGUUUCGGCGGUUCUCAGCAACAGUCGACCGUCUCCCUGCCGAAGCCCGUCUGUGGCCAGGUCACUCAGAUGAUGGAUAAUUGCUUCCACAAUACGACCCCGCAGGUACCCACCGACAUCCUGUACUCGGUGAAAAUCCCCGAAACGGUGGAGGAAAUCGACAGUCGAUGCCGGGUAUUCUACCGGGGCAUGGACUGCAUCCAGAGCUACCUGAACGCCUGCGUCGAAGCCAAGGAACGGCGAAUCAUCGAGAACGAGGUGUUCGGGGCGCAGAAAAUGUACGAUCAUCUCUGUCGGGACAAGUCCUUCCAGAAUGAGUUCUUCAAGCACAAGAGUUGCUUUCGCCACGUGCACAACGAUUGGGACUCGUGUUCCCGCAAGUUCACCAACAUACUGAAGGAGGAGAUGACCAAAACGACGCAGCAGAGCUUCAAUGUGCAGUAUAUGCACUUUUGCUGCGCCCGGUACGGUUACGAAAACUGUGUCUUCACCAGUGCCAAGUACAAGUGCAAACCGGAGUCGGCCGUCUUCCUGCGGAAGAUUGCCAAACUGCUGUCCACGGAUCGGCACUUUCUCAACUGUGAUAAAAUCGAGAGCGAGAUCUGCUCCGGCGGGCAACGAAGGACCCCGAGGGUGGCGACGACGACGACGUUAACGGCCUCGAUGGUGCUUCUGGUGAUGGCCGCCGCCGCCCGGUUUGUGGUGACUUGCCGAUAAGUGGAGGGCUUUGGGUAUGGAGGGAAGCUUUUAGUUUUUUUUUAUGGUGAGACGAUUAUAUUUACGACUGGUAUUGGGAUUUUUUUUCUAUCUCAAUUCCUGGGGCGACUAGAAAGACAAGUGAUGUGAGAGAAAUGGAUAUUGGAUGGUAUAUUUUAUUAGUGUUACAGUUGUAUGGAAUAGAGGAGUUGUAGGUCAGUUGAGUUAGUGUGCCACAUGGCACUCGAAGAAACAGGGGGUCGAACAUUUCGCAUAAUGCUUAG